GGGCUUCAAGCGCUGAUGUGGCUGAGAGCCCGGUCCCGGCUUGGGGACUGCUGGGCGACAGCAAGGCGCCACCAGCAGCCUCGCCAGCCGGCCUCGCGUCCGCCCCAUUGACAGCUACUCAGAAAACCAUAGAAGCGGGCGAAGGAGUGUCAGAAACCUUCGCAGAGUAGUUGCUGAAAAAGUUCUCUUAAGUGUUCCUUGCGAGCCCGAGCCUGAGCUUUGUGGUCAAUACCAUGGACAGCGCUCGAGAACCCACGCAGCAGCACCUGGAUGCCGCGGGCUUCUGGCAGGUCUGGCUGCACUUUGAUGCAAAUGAAAAAGGUUACAUAGAAGAGAAGGAUCUUGAUGCUUUCUUUCGCCUCUUGUUGACAAAACUGAAUGCUGAUGAAGCAGUCAUGGAAGAAAAUGCACAGAAGUUGAAACAGCAAUUUAUGGCUACCCACCGUGUCGCUGAAGAUGGCCGCAUACAGAUGCAAGAGGUAGCCAGCCUGUUCUUAUCUGAGGAUGAAAACUUUCUCCUGUUCUUCCGCCAAGAAUCCCCCUUGGACAGCAGCGUAGAGUUUAUGCAGAUUUGGCGUAAAUAUGAUGCUGACAGCAGCGGCUUUAUAUCAGCUGCUGAGCUUCGUAACUUCCUUCGAGAUCUGUUCCUUCACCAGGAAAAGGUCAUUUCUGAGGCCAAACUGGAAGAAUAUACUGGCACCAUGAUGAAGAUCUUUGACAAAAAUAAAGAUGGUCGGUUGGAUCUUAAUGAUUUGGCAAGGAUUCUGGCUCUUCAGGAAAACUUCCUUCUUCAAUUUAAAAUGGAUGCUUGUUCCACUGAAGAAAGAAAGAGAGACUUUGAGAAAAUUUUUGCCCAUUAUGAUGUUAGUAAAACUGGAGCGCUAGAAGGCCCUGAAGUUGAUGGGUUUGUCAAAGACAUGAUGGAGCUUGUUCAGCCCAGCAUCCGUGGGGUGGACCUUGAUAAGUUCCGGGAGAUUCUUUUGCGUCACUGCGAUGUGAACAAGGAUGGAAAAAUUCAGAAGUCUGAGCUGGCCCUGUGUCUUGGGCUGAAAGGCAACCCAUAAAUCCCCAGACCAAUCUGCUUUUUGCUUUUAAUUGGUGUGUUUGCUCCUGCUGGUAAAAUUGUAUCUGUGCUUUGCUGUUGGGGACUCUGGGCAAACGUUCCAACAGAUGCUGUGAUGUUCUUGGGUGCCUAGAGACCACCUUCUACCUACAGACACAGCAAUUUCUUGCCUCACCAGAAGUCCCCCACCACUGUCUUUUAUGUUGUCCCUUGACCCUGGGUUUCCCAACCCCCACCCCUGGCUGUACCCCAAGACUCAGCGAAACUAUUGGAUCUGCUCUUCUUGUCUUCCCCUAGUCAUCUGGGUGAUGGUGACAGCUGAUUCCAUCCAUCUGAUUCUUCUCGUGGCCUUUCUGCUGAGUCUGAAUGGUGCGUGACUUUGUUAACAGUCCUGUGACUUCUAUAAAUUGAUCUUGGUGCAGAAAUAAACUUGCUCCUGGGAACAAA